GACGUCGUCGCGACAACUCUUCAUUUAGGCUACACUGGAUGCGCGGUUGCACUCGGUAUAGGUUUGAUUCAGCAAGGCCUUGGGGGACACUUUGCUGCGUGAUCGAUUAUCGACAACCGUCGAUAGCUGCUGGGCCAUGGGGUGGUGGCUGUGGCUGUUGGUGCUCGUGGUGGUGUGGUGCUGCGCCGGCGUGGUGGCGGUGCUGUGGAGGCUGUGGGCCACCAGACCGCUCAUAGACGCUCCGGGGCCACCCACACUGCCCAUCAUCGGGAACAUCCUGCAAUUCCGUGAGCUACCACUGACGGUCCGCAAGCUACGAGACCUCUACGACCAAUACGGAGACUUGACUAGGUUCUACAUCGGUCCAGUGCUGGUGCUGAUGGUGGUGCACCCAGACGAUGUUCAACACAUCAUGCUGACAUCCAAGAUGGUGGACCGCGACCCCUUCUUGUGUUACGCUAUACGGACCUUUCUCGGCGAUGGCUUACUCUCCGUCAAUGGACGCCAGUGGAAGACGCACCGCAAGCUCAUCAACCCAACAUUCCAUUCUGAGCUGCUAGAGGGAUUCCUGGAGGCCUUCCACGAGGGUGGUCUCUACCUGAGCGAGCGUCUUGCCAGGACUGGAGGCGCCACUGUCGAAGUCCACCCACCUGCGGCUGUGGCAGCCCUCCGCGCCAUCUCCAGCACUCUCAUUCGCGUCAACCCUGACGUCAUAUUGCCAGGCCCCAUGCCAGAGGAGGAGGUCUCUACUGCCUUGUGUAACGCCAUGAGUUCCAUCCAGACGAUUAUGAUGAGACCAUGGCUGCAGAGUGAGCUACUGAUGCGGCUGACCUCCACAGGGCGUGGUGUGUUCGACUAUGUGCAAAUACUGCAGGACCAGAUCAUGCAGUGCAUCGCCAUGAGGUCAGCAGCCAUCAAGGAACGAUCUCCAAAGAAACAUCUGAAUCUACUGGAAGCUCUGGUCAAGCCAGGCGGACAGACCAUGUUGCCAGUCAGCGAGGUUCGAGACGAACUCGUGAACGUGGUGACGGCCGGCACCGAGACAGUGGCUGUAUCGAUCUGCUUCGUGCUGGCCUUGCUGGCCCUCCACCCCGAGUGGCAGGACGCAGCCCACAAGGAGCUGAGGGACGUCUUCGGCGAGGGGGAUGACUACUUGCGGGCUGUCAGCCUCGCAGACCUGCACAGUCUCAGGGUGCUAGAGAGCAUCAUCAAGGAGACGCUGCGCAUAUUCCCAACGGUCCCGGUGAUCUCCCGGGUGGCCUCGGAGGACCUCCGGCUGCCCAGAGGGCGGGUGCUGGUGCCUAAGGGCACCGUGCUGCUGUUGGUGCCCAGCCUCACGCAACGCCUGCCACAGUUUCACCCAUACCUUCUGAGGUUCGACCCUUCACGCUUCUUGGACGGCCGCAGAGGGGAGGAGCACGCGUGCAGCUACCUGCCGUUCGGGCUGGGCGCACGCAGUUGCGUGGGCACCCAGUACGCCCGCCUCCAGCUCAAGGUCUUCCUGGCGGAAAUCCUGCGGCGCUUCCGCUUCCUGCCGCACAGCCGCUGGGAGGACCUGGAGGACACCUCAGUAUCCAUCAGCCUUCACACCAUGGAGCCGAUAAGAGUCUCUUGCGUGCCUCUGCACCCAUCUGGUACAUAAGAACAUCUUUACACCAUCUGUGACAUAAUCGCGUGUACAAACAGUGAUUUAAUACUGUAAAAUUCUUUCUUAAUCCAGUCUCUGAUCACAAAUGAAUUCUUUAGACAAUGACCGGUUUCAGCCGGUAGCGUCCACCUUCAGAUCUAAAAUAUACAGGGUCUUACAAAAAGGUACGGCCAAACUUUCAGGAAACAGUCCUCAGACACAAAGAAAGAAUAUAUGUUAUGUGGACAUGUGUCCGGAAACGUUUACUUUCCAUGUUAGAGCUCAUUUUAUUACUUCUCUUCAAAUCACAUUAAUCAUGGAAUGGAAACACACAGCAACAGAACGUACCAGCGUGACUUCAAACACUUUGUUACAGGAAAUGUUCAAAAUGUCCUCCGUUAGCGAGGAUACAUGCAUCCACCCUCCGUCGCAUGGAAUCCCUGAUGUGCUGAUGCAGCCCUGGAGAAUGGCGUAUUGUAUCACAGCCGUCCACAAUACGAGCACGAAGAGUCUCUACAUUUGGUACCGAGGUUGCGAAGACAAGAGCUUUCAAGAGGGUUGAGGUCAGGAGAGCGUGGAGGCCAUGGAAUUGGUCCGCCGGUAACAAUCCAUCGGUCACCGAAUCUGUUGUUGAGAAGCGUACGAACACUUCGACUGAAAUGUGCAGGAGCUCCAUCAUGUAUGAACCGCAUGUUGUGUUGUACUUGUAAAGGCACAUGUUCUAGCAGCACAGAUAGAGUAUCCCGUAUGAAAUCAUGAUAACGUGCUCCAUUGACCGUAGGUGGAAGAACAUGGGGCCCAAUCAAGACAUCACCAACAAUGCCUGCCCAAACGUUCACAGAAAAUCUGUGUUGAUGACGUGAUUGCACAAUUGCGUACAGAUCCUCGUCAGCCCAUACAUGUUGAUUGUGAAAAUUUACAAUUUGAUCACGUUAGAAUGAAGUUUCAUCCGUAAAGAGAACAUUUGCACUGAAAUGAGGAUUGACACAUUGUUGGAUGAACCAUUCGCAGAAGUGUACCCGUGGAGGCCAAUCAGCUGCUGAUAGUGCCUGCACACGCUGUACAUGGUACGGAAACAAUUGGUUCUCCCGUAGCACUCUGCAUACAGUGACGUGGUCAACGUUACCUUGUACAGCAGCAACUUCUCUGACGCUGACAUUAGGGUUAUCGUCAACUGCACGAAGAAUUGCCUCGUCCAUUGCUGGUGUCCUCGUCGAUCUAGGUCUUCCCCAGUUGCGAGUCAUAGGCUGGAAUGUUCCGUGCUCCCUUAGACGCCGAUCAAUUGCUUCGAACGUCUUCCUGUCGGGAGACCUUCGUUCUGGAAAUCUGUCUCGAUACAAACGCACUGCGCCACGGCUAUUGCCCCGUGCUAAUGCAUACAUCAACUGGGCAUCUGCCAAUUCGGCAUUUGUAAACAUUGCACUGACUGCAAAACCACGUUCGUGAUGAACACUAACCUGUUGAUGCUACGUACUGAUGUGCUUGAUGCUAGUACUGUAGAGCAAUGAGUCGCAUGUCAAUACAAGCACCGAAGUCAAAAUUACCUUCCUUCAAUUGGGCCAACUGGCGGUGAAUCGAGGAAGUACAGUACAUACUGACGAACCUAAAAUGAGCUCUAACAUGGAAAUUAAGCGUUUCCGGACACAUGUCCACAUAACAUCUUUUCUUUAUUUGUGUGUGAGGAAUGUUUCCUGAGUGUUUGGCCGUACCUUUUUGUAACACCCUGUAUAAAUAUAAACAUCUAUUGAUCAAUGUGUCUUAACAUAAAACAGCAAUAUGUAUCACAAUAUACUGUCAUACACCAGGGAAAUGUACAGAUAAAAUAUGGUGUAACAUACCUUUUUUUUUUUUACACCAUGUCCUAAAGUGAUACGGCCAUAAUGGCAUCGUCAAAACAAAUAUAAUCAGCAUAGCAUCUCAAAUAGAUUUCAAAUAUGGUGUAGUAUAGGCCACAUCGUCCACAUAGUGAUUUUUGUCAACUAGCUACUGAGGUACAGUAGCAUCCAGAAAUCUGUUUGUUUACACCUUCCCUAGAUGUUGCUACUGUGGGCUUGCUUAUAUGUAAUCAACAUUUACACAAAGUCAUAAUCUGAUAAAAGCACAUGAGAUAAAAUGCAUGUAGCAGACUUAUUAGAACUGAUGACCUUACGAUCGGUGCGCGCCUACAUAAGAUCCUAGCGGCCGACCCAACAGAGGGCGCUGUUCAUUGACCUGUCUUUUUUCACUUCAUAUAUUUUCUUUUAAUAAUUUUACAUAGAGAACUGCAUUGAUUUUUUAAUGUAUCACAAUUGGUUUCUACGAUAGUCAUCAAUUUUAAUAAGUGUGCUACAUGCAUUUUAUCUAAUGUGCUUUUAUCAGAUCAUGUUUUUGUGUAAAUGAUGACUACAUAUAAGCAAGCUCACAGUAACUACAUCUAGGGAGGGUGUAGGCAAACAGGUUUCUGUAUGCUACUGUACCUCAGUAGCUAGUUGGCAAUAAUCACUAUGUGCACGAUGUGGCCUAUUCUACACCAUAUUUUAAAUCUACGUGACGAUGCUAUGCUGAUUACACACAUAUAUAUAUAUAUAUAUAUAUAUAUAUAUGUUUUGACGAUGUUAUUAUGGCCGUUUCACUUUAGGACUUCGCGUAAAAAAGAGGUACGUCACAUCAUAUUUUAUCUGUACAUUUCCUUGUUGUAUGACAGUACAUUGUGAUACAUAUUGCUGUUUUAUGUUAAAAGACUCACUGCUCACUAGGUGUAUAUAUUUAUGUAUUUUAGAUCUGAAGAUGGUCAUUACAAACUGAAACCGGUCACUGUCUAAAGAAUUCAUUUGCGAUCAGAGACUGGAAUAAAAAAGCAGAAUACUCUUUACUGUUCUGGAGUUGGAGGUAAAUAACGAAAUUAUGUUAUUGUUUUGAGUCCGCAAACGUUCAG